AUGAGUGAGCAGGAUAUUGAUAUAGAUUUUCUCAUAUCCUUGGUCCAAGAAAGACCCAUUAUAUGGGAUAAAUCACACGAACAUUACAGUGAUAAAUUUCGUAAAGCGAAUGAAUGGGUAGCUGUUUGUAAAAAAAUAUUUCAAGAUUACGAGAAGUUUGAGGAUCAAAAAAAGAACAAGAUUGGUAACGAGGUUGUGAAAAAAUGGAGAAGCGUGAAGGACAACUUUUUUCGAUACGUAAAAAAAAAUAAAAGAAAACAGAAUAUUUUCUUAAGCAAUGGCACGUGUAUGUGUAAUCGGAGCGGGAGCCGCGGGCCUUUGUGCCGCCCGCCACCUGUUGGUAGAACCAAGCGUAGCUACAGUAGAUGUGCUGGAACAAGCGGCACAACUCGGCGGGACCUGGGUAUACACGGAGAAUGUGGGUUAUGA